AUGAUGGAAUACGCACAAUAUCCUCAACAACCUCAAAACGCCCACUCCGGAUACACGAACUCCACCACAGGAAACAACAUCACCUCUCCUCACGGCGUACAGACGUCACCUAUCCUGUCUCAACAGCAAUCACCCUCUCAACAACAGGGACACAACAUGUACCAGCCACAGUACAACGUCCCCCAGCAGGGAAUGCAUUAUGGCAUGCCUCAAAUCCAAGCCGCCGCCAUGGCGGCAACUGCAGCUGCGUCGGGAUCCAACUACCCUUACAUGCAGUCGGACCCCAGUUUGCCCCAAACCUCGCCGCGAAUGGGUGGAGCGAAGAAGGAGAGUCGCGAUCCUAGAUCACCCACCCAGAUGAACAACGUUUCGCAGCUACCGGGCCAGAGACGCCUCAGUCAAGUCACCAGCCCCGGAGUACCUACGGCGCAGGGUAUGAUGAAUCACGUCGGCGCGCGACCUGGUGUUGCGCCGCCGCAAAUGGCUCAGGCUCAAGCUAUGCCUCACCCGCAAUCACCCGAGAUGCCCGCCGGUGGUGUCGAGGAAUCGCCCCUCUACGUCAAUGCUAAGCAGUUCCAUCGUAUUCUCAAGCGUCGUGUCGCACGCCAAAAGUUGGAGGAGCAGCUGCGUCUGACGUCCAAGGGCCGCAAGCCAUACCUUCACGAGUCAAGGCACAACCAUGCUAUGCGCCGGCCUCGCGGACCUGGAGGCCGUUUCCUCACUGCUGAGGAGGUUGCCGCCAUCGAGCGCGAGAAGGGUGGUGGCUCUGGCGAGGGUCCCGAGGACGUUGUCGAGUCCAAAGCCGGCUCCAAGAGGAAAUCGGAAGCCGACGACUCCAGCUCGAACAAGAAGGCCAAGAAAGCAUCCGAGACUCCUGAAGAGGACGAGGAGGAGGAUGACGAGUCUUGA